UCCAGCUUCGGUGCGUAGGUGUGGCUGGAGCGAGCAGUGGCGGAAACGCAGCCGGGCCGUUGUCAGGGGGCUCCCGGCCGGCGCUGGCCUCAAGUAAAUACCUUCGGCGGGGCGGGGGAGAGAAGCAUCGAAUUUCAAAAAAAAAAAAAAAAAAAAAAAAAAGCCCAAACCCCCACAGCUCCGGGCGGGCGGGCGCGCGCGAUGGGCGCCCUUUGGCUGCGGGAGCGAGUGGAGGAUGCUGGGAAGGAGGUAAAAUGGCCACCGGCGGCGGCGCGGAGGAGGAGAGGAAGAGGGGGCGGCCGCAGCUCCUGCCCCCCGCGCGCCCAGCAGAUCGGGCCGAGGAGGCCGAGGGCGGCCGCGAGAAGAUGGGCUGGGCCCAGGUGGUGAAGAACCUGGCCGAGAAAAAGGGCGAGUUCCGCGAGUCCCGGCCGCCGCGGCGGGAGGAAGAAAGCGGCAGCGGCGCAGGCAGCGGCGCGGGCAGCGGGCUCGGCGCCUCCGCGGGCCUGGCGCCGCCGGGCCUCGGUGACUUCCCCCCGGCCGGCCGCGGGGACACGAAGGGCCGCCGGAGAGACCCGCCCGGCGAGGCGGCGGACGUCCGUAAGAAGAAGGGCUCAGCCGAGACGGGUAGGAGGAAGAAGGCGGAGGGGGCGGCCAUGGCGGCCCCCGCCAGGCCCGGCGCGGCCGAGGACGCGACCGAGCGGCUCCCCCAGGACGAGCAGGCGGCGGCAACGGGCCCCGCGGUGGGCCCGGGCAAGGGCCGCUUUCUCGUGCGCAUCUGUUUCCAGGGAGACGAGGGCGCCUGCCCGACCCGGGACUUCGUGGUGGGCGCGCUCAUCCUGCGCUCCAUAGGCAUGGACCCGAGCGACAUCUACGCGGUCAUCCAGAUCCCUGGCAGCCGCGAGUUCGACGUGAGCUUCCGCUCGGCGGAGAAGCUGGCCCUGUUCCUACGCGUCUACGAGGAGAAGCGCGAACAGGAGGACUGCUGGGAGAACUUUGUGGUGCUGGGGCGGAGCAAGUCCAGCUUGAAGACGCUCUUCAUCCUCUUCCGGAACGAGACGGUGGACGUGGAGGACAUCGUGACCUGGCUCAAGCGCCACUGCGAUGUCCUGGCCGUGCCGGUGAAAGUGACCGACAGGUUUGGGAUCUGGACCGGGGAGUACAAGUGCGAGAUCGAGCUGCGCCAGGGGGAGGGCGGGGUCAGGCACCUGCCCGGGGCCUUCUUCCUGGGGGCCGAGAGGGGCUACAGCUGGUACAAGGGGCAGCCCAAGACGUGCUUUAAAUGUGGUUCCCGGACCCACAUGAGCGGCAGCUGCACACAGGACAGGUGCUUCAGGUGCGGGGAAGAGGGGCACCUCAGCCCUUACUGCCGGAAGGGCAUCGUGUGCAACCUCUGUGGCAAACGAGGACACGCCUUUGCCCAGUGUCCCAAAGCAGUUCACAAUUCCGUGGCAGCUCAGCUAACCGGCGUGGCCGGGCACUGAACACCCGCUUGCCUGCCACGGUGAACACAGAGCCAGCUUACCCCUUCUUAAGUGCCAAAACUUUUUUAAAACAUUUUUUAAUCGUUUUUGAAGGAGAUUUUCCUAAACCUACAAGAGACAUCUCGCUCUGCCUUCCUAAACCGAGUUUACUCCACGUCAGCCUUUCCUGAAUUUGGUGACUCUGUCAUCAGUAACACUACCGAGAACUGUCGUGUGCAGAUAUGUCACCCCUUCCUUUUUUAUAUUUUGUUUUUAUAUUUGUAUUGGGGGAUUUUUUUUCUGGUACCUUUUACUCCCCACGCCUUGUCGUCUUCCCAUAUUUUCACCUUGUGGGCUGCCAUGUUCGCCCUUACGCCCCAGCGCUAGUGCGCUGCAUUAGGGCCCAGCACAUGGUAGGCACGCCACCAUUGUUUGUUGAAUUGAGAACAUUGUUGACUGUGGCUUCUGUCAGGGUGUCUAUCUUUUGCAACUCGUCCCUUCCCCUUUUAAUUUGCUGCUUCUAAUCUAUGUGGUCUGAGAAUUUGUGAAACCAGUGUUGUUAGAAGUGUAUGUAAUCUGAGUCAAUAAGCUCUGAAUGGUGGCCAAGGGCCUCUCUUACGGCAUUAAAAUGCUUGGAUUUUGUGACAGCGCUUUUUGUGGCUCAGAAGCCAUUCUUCACAGAAUCAUGGAAUCUAGAAUUUUCCUGCUGAAAAAGAUGGAAAAAUUGAUUUUGACCAAUCUCUGGUUUUCCAACCGAUGAAACAGAUCCAGAGAGGUUAAAUGAAUAUGUCAAAAUCACACCGCUGUCUGGUGCCAGAGCUAGCCUAGAGUAGAGUUCCCUGCCCCCAAGCCUGGUGCUCAUUUCACUACCUCUCACACUUCACAACAUUUUCCUCAACACUUGAGGGUCCAGAAAGUCUGUUCUCCAGAAUAAUGAGCCCAGAAGAAUGCUAAGAAAUCAACUGGGGGAGAAAGCAGAAGAUUUAGCUGGGGCUUUUGAAUUCUUAGGAGAUACGGAAGGGACAAAGGAACAUAAUCCAGGAUGUGCUCCUUGCUCCUUGGGGUACCAUAUCUGGAUUAAGGUGGGCCAGGUCCUCUGUGGCCUAACCCUUCCCCACUCAUUGGCAUCAAUGAGAAAUAGAGGUGCUUCUGAGUAAGGAAACCUACCAAAGGUUUACAUUUGCACCUUAGCCUCAGUAGCUAUAAACCCCAGAGAAGCAGCUCACUGGAGCUCAUCUGCAACCUCCUGACUCUAAAGAGAAAGGCAGUUUUAACCGGAAUUAUUGUAAGUGAGCUGUUAACUCUAAAAUGUACUUGUGAACUAGGCAAGCAAAAGGGCAUUGGGCCAACUAAGUGUUACAAGUUAAAGUAGAAAAGACAGUAUGCUGCUUUUUCUUUUAGUUUUUUGUCUUUCCUCUGCUUUAUGUUUUGCUAUUUCCUUGUGGCUUAGAACGUAAAAUCGAUUGUUAAAAGUUUUGUUCUGAAUAAAUAUUUAUCUUUUGUAUUACUAA